AUUUUCUUUAUAAUCUUUGGCAAUUGGUUCUGCAACUACUAAUAAGAAGCCACACAACCACAAUAAGUAAAAAGAACAGUUCAUAUUCUUACAAGUCCAAAUAAAAAAUUGUUAAUUGAUUGUCUUAGAAUGUCGGUUUUGUCCAUCAUUGGCGCCUUAUGUAGUCUUUAUUCUAUAUUCUUUAUCAUCAGGUUUAUCUAUCGUCACUGGUUUAGAACACCUUUUUCGUGGGAAACUUAUAGAGGAGAAUGGGCAGUAGUUACAGGUGCAUCUUAUGGUAUUGGAGCAGCCUAUGCAGUAGAGCUUGCAAAAAAAGGUUUGAAUGUGAUUCUUUUGGCGCGUUCAGUGGACAAGUUACAACACGUAGCUCAACAAGUAGAAAGUAAAGGCGCCAAAAGUCUGGUCAUCAGUUUUGACUUUGCUAGUGCUUCUACUGAGGAUUGGAGACGCUUGGAGAAUCAAUUAAAUAGUUUGACAGUUUCUGUUCUGGUCAACAACGUGGGAGUCAACGUGAGUUUGCCCACAGCGUUUUUAGAGAUGGAAGAAGAAAAGAUGGAUCAAAUUCUUCGAGUGAAUAUUGUAGCUACUCAAAAGAUGACGAGAAUAGUUGUUCCGAAAAUGGUUGAACGAAGAAAGGGAAUUGUUCUGUUUCUUAGUUCAGGUGGUGGUGUAUUAAGUCCUGCACCUUAUUUAAGUUGCUAUUCUGGUAGCAAAGCUUAUGAGAACGCAUUAGCAACGGCACUUGCUGGUGAAUUGGAAUCCUCGGGUAUUAUAGUGCAGAGUAUUACUCCAUUCUUUGUUACAAGUGAAAUGAGCAAGAUACGUCAAUCUAGUUUGGCAGUUCCUUCAGCGGAAAGAUUUGCUCGCGAUAGUUUACAAAGUGUUGGAUAUGAAGUUUGUUCCAAUCCUUAUUGGUUUCAUGAAUGCAUAUCGAUUGUUCUUUCUUAUUUACCAUUGAAACUACAGAUUCGCUAUGUUGCCAAGUUACAUCGAGGUCUUCGUGAAAAAGUUUUAAGAAAGUCGGUACAUAAGAAAGAAUAAAAUUUUAGUCAUUUGUCAUUCAAAAGU